UGCCAUGGAGCCCGCGGGAUCGUGCGGCCUGUGUCCUCCGGGAGAGGCGAGGCCGGCGCGCUACACCUGCCCCCGCUGCAACGUGCCCUACUGCUCGCUGCCCUGCUACCGGGCGCACGGGGCGUGCGCCGAGGCCUUCUACCGUGACCAGGUGCUGGGUGAGCUCCGCGGCCGCACCGCCUCGCCCAGCCGCCUGGCGGGUGCCCUGCGCCGGCUGCGGCAGCAGCGCGACGCCGAGGCGCCGGAGGAGCGCCAGGGCCCAGGGGGCCUGUGGGAGCGACUGCAGCCCGCCGAAAAGGCGGCCUUCGAGCGGCUCCUGAGCCGGGGCGAGGCCGGGCGGCUGCUACCCCCGUGGCAGCCGUGGUGGUGGCGCGGCGGGGCUCCGGCGCCGCUGCUGGAGGAGCUGCGCGUGCGCGAGGAAGGCGCCGAGGAGCCCGCGCCCGAGCCCGACUCCGCCUCCGCCUACCAGGACGUGCCCGAGCCAGCGCCCGCGCCGCCGCCCGUGCCCAGCGCCAUCCCCACCUUGGCGCGGCUCAGCGGCGGCCGCGCGCCCUCGCCCCUACUGCGUUUCCAGCUGCCCAACGUGCUCUUCGCCUACGCGCACGCGCAGGGCCUCUACCACGGCGGCCUCGACGACGACCCCGCGCUGCUGCCGGAACUGUGUGCUACCGUGCUGGGCGUGGCCGGCGCGCUCGGCGCCCGCCAGGCCUUCCAAUCCACCAGCGAGGCGCUGCACGCGGCUGCGCAUGCGCUGACAAACGGCACGCACCCGCCAGGGCCGCUGGGCGCGCGGGGCGCCAUGCGCGAGGCUGCGCGCCUCCUGCUGGGUGAGAGCGCGCAGCCCGGCGUGCAGAAGGGCUACUGCCUGGCGGCGCUGUCGCAGCUGGCGCGCGCAUUUGGGCGCGCGCGCAACCUCGUGCCUGCGGGCGAGCUGCGAGAGCGCCUCUACCGGGCGCGCAAGAAGUGCCAGUACCUGCUGGCGUGGACCAACGAGCACGAGGACGCGCUCACGCCGCUGGCCUUGGACUGUGCGCAGGAGUACCGUGCCGAAGACGAGGAGGCCGGCCAAGUGGAGGCCCUGAGCGGGGAGCUGGAGCGCCUGUGGGGGGGCCCGCGCCCCCCGGCCCAGAGGACCCUGAUCCAGGAGCUGGCCUGAAGGCAGCUGGCCGCCCCCUCCCUCAAUAAAGCCACCUGGACCCUGACCCCGCCUCUUGAGCUCCAUCUGUCGGCCUGCGUUCUGCCCCGCCCCCAAUAAAACCACCCUGACACUGA